AAUCUCCUCUCUGGUUUGCAAAACGGAUCUCUGGAGCGUUGGAAUGCAUGGAAAUGAAAGGCAUUGAACGAGGUGGGAUCAGGGAGUAAAAGAGGAGACCAGGAGGAGACACUGGUCUGAAGCAGAGGGAAGAAGGAAAAACUACAGAAAGAAGCAACAAAAAUAAGGAAUUGGAACUCGCGUCAUCCUGUUUUGACCUUCAUAGCAAGUUUCCAGACUUUAGUUUUUAUGACGGAAAGUGUACCCCCCUGUUGUAGAUCAUUAAAAAGUGCUCUUCACUAUGAAUACAGGAACAGAGUCUCACUCAUCAGACCUAGAUUCCUGGCGGUCUCACAGCGCAAAUGAUGGUCUUAAAAAUGGAGAUGCCAACAGCUCAUCUCUUGCCGCCAAAGGCUUUCGAAGUGUCAGACCCAACCUGCAGGACAAAAAGUCGCCCACGCAGGUUGUCAGUCCCUUACCACUUCCACCCCCCAGGAGAGAAAGCUUUCACUUUUUGCCCACUGGCACCAAACCACCAGAUUACAGCUCCAUCAUUAGUCUGGCUAAUGACCUGAGUCCUGGAACAGUAACGUUCACCAAGAACGACAAAGCAGUUUUGAAAGAGUCCUACACAGUUAGCAGCAUGUCUUCUUGCUCUUUCUUUAAAUCGAGUGCAAAGUCAGUCCAACAGGUUGAUGAGUCCACCGUUCCAAAUGAUAUGAGCAACUUCAGUUCAUCUGCCACUGCUAAUAGUCGGGAACGUAAAGUUUCUUCCCUUGAACUAACGCCUGUCACUAUCCCUGACCCCCCUUCUCAUCAUAACUUUGAAGUCGGCACACAUACUAAGAUCCAGACUAGUGGACGUCAAGAUCCCAGAUCAGACCCCAGCUUCAGUUCCAUCCCAGGUGGAGAUGUCAAAGCUUCCUCCGGCAACUCCACCAAGACCUUCACCUGCAGAACUGUUGUAUUCGCCUCCUCUCCUCCCUCUCCUAUCAAUUCCUUCUUACUCCAACACCAGGGGCCUCCUUCCCCUGACCCCUCAGCACGGCACUCCCCCUAUCGCUGCCAGAGCUCUGAAUCACUCGACUACCUGUCCAGCCUAAUGCCCAAGGCUCUGUCGCCCACCCCGUAUGUUCCUAGUGGUGUCGUUUUCAAAGCUGGUGCAAUCAGCAGUCCAAGCCUCACCACGGUCAGCAGCAUGAGCGUCGGUGGCUGUGUGUCACCCGCAGCUUCACCUGUGACGGUGUCGGCACUCAGCCACUACUCGUCGUCUACAAUAGGUCUGCUGGAUGAGCUGCAGAUCUGUAGCCUGGACUCACCCAGCGCUUCACCCACGCCAUCGCCCACUCUCAGCCAUGCCUCUGCCUACACAUCCACUGCUGGGCCUGAUGAUGCGCUAACAACCUCUGUGGGCUCCACUGCCGCAGCAGCCACUGUCACUAAUGGCCAGGUCCUCUCUCAUGCCAUAAAUGGAAGCACCAGCCAUCCACAGAGGCCCAUGUCUCCCCCAUCAUAUCCAUCACCCCCUGCCUCACUUCAUACUGGGCUACAGAGACAGAGCAGGAGUUCAGAGGGCAGCGAGUCGUUCACCAGAGAGUCGGUGGUUUCAGGCCACACCAGCGGCAGGAGCACUGUGCCCAUCGCUCGGUUCUCGGAGGAAGAAAAGAAAGUGUCUCUUAUCAAAGCCCCGCAUUAUGAAGGCAUCGGCCCUGUGGAUGAAUCAGGAAUCCCUAUUGCCAUUCGCACGACAGUGGACAGACCCAAAGACUGGUACAAAACGAUGUUCAAACAGAUUCACAAAGUCCACAAAGCAGAUGAUGACUAUUCUGACACGUACAGUGCAACGUAUGCCUUCAUAAACAGUGAUGACCACAACCUGUCGUCCAGCGUCACCAUGGCCCACCCGCCUCCUCGGACACACACAUACAGGCCUUUGUCCAAAAGCCCAUCAGACAAUGGAGGGCAGCUGGGAACUAGAGAGCCUUUGCCAUCUCCUGUGCCCCCACCACCUCCACCUAUGCCAUCCCUCCUUCAGCUCAGAGCCAGAGACGGCGACCGUGAGAAAGAUUCUCAAGACAUGAAUGAAUGGGGUCCUCCAGACAGGAAAGUGGACACACGAAAGUAUCGCGCAGAGCCUAAGAGUAUUUUUGAGUAUGAGCCUGGCAAGUCUUCUAUUUUGGAGCAUGAAAGACCAACCAAUGAUGACAUAGAUUUAGAGAACGAGCCUUGGUAUAAGUUCUUUUCCGAGCUGGAGUUUGGGCGUCCGCCUCCUAAAAAACGGCUGGAUUAUAAUCCAGACAUCUCAAGUCGCCAGCGCAUUGAGACGUCCCUCCACAUUGCUCCUGCUGACAAGACUUUGGACAGACCUGCAAGUGCUGCCAGCGACUACAGGAAAAGACGGAAGUCUGAGCCUUCGAGUUCCCAAGGCAAUGCUCAGUCUCAGAGCAGAGCUGCAACUUCUCCUAAACCAGUGGAUUCAAACAGAACCAGCAUCAGCCUAAAGAAACCCGUCUUUCGUUCCUCACCAUCCUCACCCUCUAGGCCCAAAGGUGGGGACGCAUGCAACAUUUAUUCAAACAAUAUGUCCACCCUAGGCCGUUACGACAGUACUUCACUUCCUCCCAUCCCUUCUGGCUUUGAUCGUGUUCAUGAGGAUGCCACCAAGGAAGGCAGCUCUUCGUCGAAGCAGUCUGUCUGUUGUACAAACAGUUGGCAGACAAAAAGCCAAGAUGCUGAGACAUGGAGCAGUGCGGAGGAGGUGCCACCCUCUGAGAAGCUCAAAUCACGUAGUUGUGAUGACUUACUUAAUGAUGGGCAUUCUGGCCCAGGUGGUCAAAAUGCCACUCGAUCAGAAAGUGCUGGAUCGCUGGUGUGUGAUGGGAAUCCUGUGACUGUUUCAGCUUCCAUUCAGUCGUUGCCUCGUCUCCAUCGGCGACGUGCUCACGAUUCUCCAGGCUUUCUCCAGCUUUAUCGGAAGAUGCACCAGAUUGAUCGAGCUCAUCUAAUCCCAUCUGAAGUCAUCCGUUCUGUCCGUGCUCGGAUCCUGGAUCUAGAGCGCCAGCCUCAUCUACAUCACCAUCGUCUCUCUCCUUGGACACCCUCCUGGGGUGUGGACGUGCCAAGGGAUAUGGUGCCAAAUCGUAUUUCUGAAUAUGAGCGUCUAAUUCAGAAGUCCAAAUCCAUGCCUAACUUGGGUGAUGGCGAGGUACCUUCAGGCACCACUACACCAGGCGGCUCAUCAUCUCGUGCCAGCAGUGGUGGUGGUGGGACAUCCAGUUUUUCAAAACGCCGUUUUUCUGUAGAAUCAUUGUUGGAGGAAGACAACAAUGGAAACAGGACUGUACCUCAAAGCAUGGAUCACAUACCUCGAAGUCCACCUGAAGGCCAGCCUCGUGUUGGGCCAGAGCCUGGCCAGUCCUUUCCCACUCCUCCUGUUCCUCUAGGUCCACAAGCCAAUCCAGACUAUUCUGACAGUGAACAGGAUGCUAUUGCAUCCGACCUCAGUGAUUUCAUUCAGGUGGAGGGCUCUUCAUUUUGCAGUGAGAGUGAAUUUGACCAUUGCUCACUAACUUCAUCCGAGAGCCUUUAUGGGUCUUCUACCCUCCACCAUCACCACCUUCGUCAUCACCACCACCACCAUCAUCACCACCAUCCUGGCCACCAAAGUCUAGGACAGAGUCAAGGCUACCAGCACCGCCACCUUAUUAGCACUUGCAAAGGCCGCUGCCCUGCCUCAUACACCCGCUUUACAACCAUGCUUCGCCAUGAGAGAGAACGAGCGCGACAAGAGCACCAGAGAUCUUCACAGCAGAGUCACAGUAGCCAUUCUCAAAACCAGACAUCGCCAUCCCAACAAGCAAUGUCCAAGCUGGCCUUCUUGGUCAGCCCAGUGCCUUUUCGUAGGAAAAAGGGAUCAUCACCUACCUCUAAAAGAAGCAGUGCUGGUGGAGGUCUAGAUAGCAGACCCAAGUCUAAACAGGCCAUUUAUGAAGCCCUAGAUGCAGCCUUGAGAGACAUUUAUGAGCACAUUCAAGCAGAGAGAGGCCACAGAAGCUCUAGACCACCUGAUGAUAGCAUUUUGAGAAGAAUAUUGGCUGAGCUGCUGCCAAGUGUGCCUGAAAGAAGUUCCUCUUUGCGAGUGACAAGGGGUUGCUGGCACAGAGGUAAUUCUUCUGCAUCUGUUUACCCUGAUGGAAGCCCUACUGGUUGUGCUUCAUAUAGAAGAGAACCCUCAACACCAGGCUUCCAGUCACCACGGUUACAGUCACCAGUCAGUGCCUGCUACGGACGAUAUUCGGAGGCCUCAAACAAUAAUGAAUAUGGAGAAGAGCAGGGCAAUGGAAAUGGUCUCUGUUAUUCAGACCAGGAUGUGUCGAGGAGUUAUUCCACCAUGGAUGGACGCCACACUCCACAGAGCAGAAGACCAACUCCUGACAGAGAGAAACAGCCUGCAAGAGCCAUUUAUGAUUUUAAGGCACAAACAACUAAGGAGUUGACAUUUAAAAAGGGCGAUGAGGUGAACAUCAUCAGGCAAAUAGAUAACAACUGGUAUGAAGGAGAGCACAGAGGACGGGUGGGGAUAUUCCCUAUAGCGUACGUAGAGAAGAUACCAUCUUCAGAAAAGCAACAGCCGAUUCGUCCUCCUCCACCAGCACAUGUCCGAGAAAUCGGAGAGGCAGUGGCACGCUUCAACUUCAAUGCUGACACCACUGUGGAGCUGUCACUAAGAAAGGGCGAGAGAGUGAUCGUGUUGAGGCAGGUGGAUCAGAACUGGUAUGAGGGGAAGAUCCCCGGCACAACUAAACAGGGCAUCUUUCCCGUGUCCUACGUUGACAUUGUCAAGCACUCGCCGUCCAAGAGCUCCACCCACCAUAUAGAUCCUCUUGGUUACCAUAGCAACAGGACCCCAAGCUCCACAUCAGUCAAGCGAUUAGUACAGGAUGCACUUCACGGAGGAGGAGAACCGUUCCAGGCCCUGUACAACUAUACACCUCGAAACGAGGACGAGUUGGAGCUGAAGGAGGGCGACGUCAUCGACGUGAUGGAGAAGUGCGAUGAUGGCUGGUUUGUGGGGACCUCUCGAAGGAGCAAGUUGUUCGGAACCUUCCCAGGAAACUACGUGAAGCAGCUAUAAUGAUGAUUCCAGAUUUCACCCUGCCCCGGUGGCCCCGCCCCCUUCCUGCGACACUUUCACGGCCGUCAGCACAGCACCCACAGGGCAUCACCGGAGACCUGAGGCUGCAGCACACUUAGUAUCUGCAUACACGUGUGACCUGUUUGUGUCACGCAGGCAGAUUUCUUAGCUCUAACUCGCCAACUUUA